UUCCCUCCUGGCCCCCUGGGAAUGGUAGUCUGAUGUCUGGGCACAUCCUCCCGCUGCUACCGGAAUCGAACUACAUUUCCCACAAUUCCCCGAAAAAUGACCGUUCGGGGUGGUCCUUGAAAAUCAUCCGUUCCCUUUGCCUACUGGCCGUGCCAUACAGUCUCCCCGGCUGCUGGAGCAUUAUGGGGUGGUGGAGGUGUGUGCACUAGCCGGGCCAUGCUGAGACCGCUUCCGGGGCGUGGCUACUGCUAUGCUAUUGGGCUGUGGGCACGGGCUGCUCCUCCCCGGGGCCGGCUGCUCUCGCCCGCAGCCACCCCCCUCAGUGUCCGUGAGCACAUCCUGCUCCUGUGGGCCAUGGGCCGGGCAGAGCCGGAGCGCGCCGUGCCAGGCCCAGCACUGCCCGCGGGGAUGGGGACAGCGUCCCGCCUGCUCCUCCUCCUCUUCCACAACCUGCUGCUGCUGCCGCCCGGCGCCUUCGGAUUCGCUCCCUCGCUGGACAGCGACUUCACCUUCACGCUGCCCGCCGGCCGCAAGGAGUGCUUCUUCCAGCCCAUGCGGCACGGGGCCUCGCUGGAGGUCGAGUACCAGGUUUUAGACGGAGCAGGAUUAGAUGUUGACUUUUACUUGGAAUCUCCAAAAGGUGAAAUCCUAAUUUUUCAUCAGAGAAAAUCAGAUGGAGUCCACACGGUGGAAACAGAAGAUGGAGAUUACAUGUUCUGCUUUGACAACACAUUCAGCACCAUUUCAGAGAAGGUGAUUUUCUUUGAAUUGAUCCUAGAUAAUAUGGGAGAAGGACAACAAGAGGACUGGAAGAAGUACAUUACAGGCACAGACUUGUUGGAUAUGAAACUUGAAGAUAUCCUGGAAUCCAUCAACAAUGUCAAAGCCAGGUUAAGCAAAAGCCUCCAGAUUCAGACGCUGCUCAGAGCAUUUGAAGCUCGUGAUCGAAAUAUACAAGAAAGCAACUUUGACACAGUGAAUUUCUGGUCCAUGGUCAACUUGGGAGUCAUGGUGGUGGUUUCAGCUGUUCAGGUUUACAUGCUGAAAAGUCUUUUUGAAGAUAAGAGGAAAAGUAGAACUUAACAGCUAGUGUGAUCAUAGCAAUAACUAGAGAGGAGGGGCAAAUGCAAUAAACUGCUACAGCAAAAGAGACAUGUUACCUUGCCACUUGUUUUGAAUAGACAUUAUAAUCAGGUUCUUGAUUCACAUGUGACUAACAUGAACAGAAUACCUUUCCCCCAUCCUUCCAUCUCUGCAAGCGUUACUAACAGUCUUACUGGUAUGUCUGUUUGUUGCAUUUGUAAUGACUCUUACUAGAUUAUGAAUAAUACACAGAAUGGUGUAUCAAAUGCAAGCCAAUGUUAAUACCUGCCAUAUAGUCAUCUUUUCAUAGUCACUUAAACCUUUCUAUGUCCGCCUAAAUAAUAAUUUGUUUUUUUACAAUUUUUUAAAUAAGCAUUGAGUAAAGUUACAGAUGUGCCAAAGGAUUGAGGCCCACCUAGGUAGGCUAUAGCUUGUCAGUUCUCUAUAAAUGUAUAAAAUUUCCUUGAGUCUUUAUUGUACAGCAUAAUACAGAAACACUGGGUUAACAUUUGUGAAGGGGUUAAAAUGAGAAGUUAUUUUUUCACUUUUUUUAUAUCUAUCUAUCUCGGCACUUUUAAAGAGACAGUUAAUGUGAAAUUUAGUCAAUUUAUAAACUAAUUAAAAGUAGCAUCAGGUACUAUACCUGUCCAAGUCCUUCUGCCAGUUGUUGUGAUUGUACAAUCCCAUUUGCCUGUUUAGGUAGUUUUUGCGGUGUGAAAGGUCCACUGGAAUAGUGGAAGUGACCACACAAAGUACAGUCAGAUGCACAAAAUAAAAUGGAAUUAUUUCAUCUUUAGUUAUUGUAAUCUUGGAUAUCAUAACAGAUACAGUCAGACAGAAGUGAGGUGGUUUUUUUUUCAAAUGACUGUUCCUUUUGAUAGUUUUUAGGUAAAAUUGUUUGGAAACAUUAACUUGACAUUAAAUGUUUAUGUGCUUCCAAAAUCCUUUCUAUAUUACUAAUUUUGCUAAGAUGUUUUGCUCCUUGAGGUCAAGCAGGUUUAUGCCACAAUUUGUAGCAGUUCAUGAACUUCAGAGCUAAAGUUGUUCAGCUAAACCCUCCCCACAACAAAACCCCAACAAAUCUGUAGUCACAUAACUAUUUUCAUUCUCCUCCUAUGAGCUGGCCUAUUAAAUUACUGGGACUACUUGCAUAAUUAAAACAAAGUGGAGUUGGCCCUGAAUUUUGAGAUUUAUUUGCAGCAUGAACUGAUCAUGCAAGGUAAUGCUCAAUCAUAGAAGCAGUUUGCUAUCUUUCUCAAUAAAAAGGCAGAUAGCUUACAUCAAACCUACCAUUUCUUUCUGCUAAGGGAGUGGAAAAAUACAUGUCUCAUCUGUGUAUUUGUCUCCUUUUGUCAUAAUCUUAGUAUUUUAGAGUGCAGUUUAAGUAUUUUGUAAUCAGCCUAGAUUCAAGCUAAGUGCCAAGUCAGUAGAAGUGCCCAUAGAAAUUGUAUUAGCUCUGAAAGUCCAUGUUAAGACUGCUAGGGCUGUACCACUGUUCACAUCAGCUGUCUUUAAAAAGAUUUAAAAAUUUGUUCUAGCCUAGCUAUACAAGUGUACUUCCUGUGUUUGAACUUGGUGUUAAGAAUUGAAACACUACAACUAGACUGUCUGCUUUGUGAUCACAUCUGUCUGAAGGUCAUGCUGGAGGGCCCAGCGUUAUCCCCCUAGAAGAGGAUGGGAAAACAUUUUUCAGUGCACCGACUCAUUAAAAUGCAGUCAUUGUGGCAUAGGUGCAUUGGUCAUUUUUGUCUAGCAGGGGCUAUCAUAUAUAGAGAUUACACUUCAGUUUCAAUUUCAGAUGUCUGAAUGAAGCUGAGCAAUAACCCUUUAAAAUUAUUGUUUUUAAGAAAAAAAGAUUUUAAAAGGUGCUGCUGACUAUUUGACUUCAGGGGCUGCUGGACCAGCCCUCUAUUAGUCUGGGAACAUAAUAUACACCUCUACCCCAAUGUAACACAAAUUUGGAUAUAACAUAGUAAAGCAGUGUUCUGGGGGGGGGGGGCUGAGCACGCUGGCGGAUCAAAGCAAGUUUGAUAUAACGCAGUUUCACCUAUAACACAGUAAGAUUUUUUUGGCUCCUAAAGGACAGCACUAUAUUGAGGUAGAGGUGUAGUAAAAUCUCAUUUGAUGGGCAAGUUAGUGAUAGAAAGGUCUAAGGGAGGUGUCAAUUGAUCUGUAAAAAUUUGCAGAAUCAUAAUUUCACAGUGCUGGCCUCCGUGGUGUGGCAGGGAGGAUUCAUUGUUUGUCCUCUCCCAGCUCCUCUGAUUGGUGGACAUUUUGAUCAUAGUGUCAUUAGAAGUGGGUCAAGUUGGGAAUCACACUUUACGGCAGUUGUGUGAAAUACUGUGCGCUUCCAAAUCAAUCCUGCAGCUCAUCAAAUGCUUGUGUGCAAAGACCAGAUGCUCACCACCUGCAAUUGUUUGGCCAGCAGCCUGCCUUGUACAGAGAUGUGUGAGAGUGGCACAAACAGGGAUCAGUGUGACAUGUCUAGUAGUGCAGUUCUAGACGGAGACAACACUGAUGGUGACUGAUCUUUGGUAAUCCUAAGGAAUCUAGCCUUGACACUUAUAACUGACAUUUAUUCCUCAAUCUCUUUACUUAAGCAGUGCAUCCCUCUGUUAAAGCAUAAUUUAAAAAACAUUGUUUUUUUAAAAAACAUUUUCUCAACUGUAUAUCUACAUAAUUGUUCUAGGUUUGUCAUGUUGAUACCAUUGUGUUAGUGAGAGAAAGGGCUUUCAAACAAUAUCCAACCUGUAAUCCAUUUCAAAUGACUUUGUAUUAUUAAAAUUUAGGGUGACUAGAUGAGAAGAAGAAAAUAUCAUGACACAUUGGGGGAGGGGGGUCACCGGUGGAGCAAAAAAAAAAAAAGUCUGGUCACCCUAUUAAAAUUC